AUGAGGGAAAAUUACGCGAGCACAUGGUCCGUUGCAAUGUCGGACAACCAUCAGCGUGUCUUCGACACUGUCGCAGGACAAUUCGGGUGCCAAGAGUGCAGUGACCUCGUUCUCAAGUGCGAUGGUAGUGUGUGGAACAUACACAAGGCUGUCGUGUGCUCGCAGAGCGCUUUCUUCCGGAAGGCGUGCACUGGUCGGUUCAAGGAGGGACAGGAAUCAGUCAUCACUCUGCCAGAGGAUAACAGCUGCGUCGUCCACGAGAUGAUUCGAUACUUUUACACCGCCGAAUACAACGACAGCCACCACUUCGCGCCAGGCGAUGCGUGCGCAGAGAAUGAUGCCAUCAGGAAAUGCUGCUUUACACCCACUUUGUUUCAAUGUCCACAUGCACACCAUCGCGGACAAGUUCGACAUCCCACAAUUGGCGUGCCUCGCAAAUCGUAA